AACAGCGUUCCAAAGUACGCAGCCUCGUCUGCAGGAGGGCUGAGCGGCAACAGAGCGCGCGCCACAUAUUCUAGACGAGUGGAGGAUCGAAUGAGCGAUGGCGGAACCCGAGGAGCAAGCCGAGCUACUUACACCAGAAACAGAAGCCCCGCAAGGCGAGGAAGCGCUUGCGCCGGAGAUUGCUGAUGAACCGGAGAAAGCCGCCGCCGAGGAAGUCGUAGAAGAGGAUGCGACUGCUACGGGCGGGGCGGAGCCCCCCGCGGAGCCUGAACAAGAGCCUGAGUUGGCGGCGGACCAGUAUCCUCAAGAGGAGGUGGAGGAACAGCAACCAGCGGAGCCAGAGCAGCAACCUCCAGAGGAACCCGAGUACGCCGAGCCGCCCACCGAAGAAGAUAUGGCCGAGGCAGAAGCGACGUUGCCUCCGGAGGAUGCGACGACGGGCGAAACUCCCGCCGCAACCGACGGAGAUAUUGAUGAGCCGAUCGAGAAGGAGCCGGACGAGCAAGACAAGGAGCCACUGACAGACAUGCAGGCACUGGAGGAGGAUUUGACAAAGUUUCGGCACUGCAUCGAGAACAUUGGGACGCAGCUGGACGACGAACUGAACAGACAAGACAUGAGAAAACUGCGAGCCAGCAUCAGACAGAAGGCCACUCGAAUGGAAAACGACCUCAAAGACCGACAAAAGACAAAAGACCAGAUGACACCGCAGGAGAGGAUCCACCUCCAGCAGGUCAUCAAGCAGCUGGACACUCAACUCACCAGCUACCACGAGCUCCUCGAGAGAGAGAGGACCAUGACCCGGCGACACCCUCUCGUCGGAGUAAAUCUUGAAGAGGAAGGCAGAACUGUGGACCAUGCCGCCACUCCAGGCCAGGCUCAGGCAAUGCUCAAGGCAAAUGCGAAGGACAGAGAAAAUGAGCACGUGGAGCUAAUGGAGAUGGAACGGGAUAUUCUUGGACUCCAGGACAUACAGACAGACCUGGCAACUCUAAUUGGAGAACAAGCUGACGAUGUCAAACUAAUUGAACAGAAUGUGGAGAGGGCAGGUGAUAGAGUGGAGCACGGUCAAAGCCAGAUGAAGAAGAGCGUGGAACAUGCCCAAAGCUCUCGCAAGAUGCUGUGCAUUGUACUCACCUGUGCUUCCACAUUCGCCACCUUUGUCAUCAUCCUCCUGGUGAUAGUUAUGGCUGUCAUUCUCACUCGACAGUGACUCCUUCCCUUAUCAGAAAAACAAAUUCCCCACAGUAAUAGUUUUUAUUCCUCACACUAAAGAAUGUUUGUAUAUAAUUAUAUAAUAAUUAUUAUGAAAAAGCUUUUUUCUAUACACAGUAAUAGUUUUUUUAUUCGUCACACAAAAAAUGUAUUUUGUAAAAGCGGAUUGUCAUUUUUUUAGUCGCGAUCGCGAUAAAAUGGCAUUGCCACACAA